AUGGCUAGAAGAUACGAUUCCAGAACCACCAUCUUUUCACCCGAAGGUCGUUUAUACCAAGUUGAAUAUGCUAUGGAAGCCAUCUCGCACGCAGGUAUCGCUCUCGGUAUCCUGGCCAAGGACGGUGUUGUCAUUGCAGCAGAAAAGAAGGUUACCUCCAAAUUGUUAGAGAAGUCUUCAUCCUCUGAAAAGAUUUACAAAGUCAACGACAACAUUAUCUGUGGUGUUGCAGGCAUGGAAGCUGAUGCCAACAUUUUGAUCAAUUGGACACGAGCCAGCGCACAACGUUAUUUGUUUGCUUACAAUGAGGAGAUUCCAGUUGAACAACUCGUCCAAAAUUUAUGUGAUUUAAAGCAAGGCUAUACUCAAUACGGUGGUUUGCGUCCCUUUGGUGUGUCAUUCAUCUUUGCUGGUUAUGAUGAACACCAUGGUUUCCAACUCUAUCAUUCUGACCCCUCUGGCAAUUACGGUGGUUGGAAGGCUACUUGCAUUGGCGCCAACAAUGCUUCUGCACAAAGCAUUUUAAAGCAAGACCAUAAAGAGGAAAUGACAUUGGAUGAAGCAAAGGCAUUAGCUAUCAAGGUAUUGAGUAAGACUAUGGACAGCACAACAUUGACAAGUGAAAAGUUGGAAUUCGCUACUAUUAGACUUGUUGACGGAAAGGUUAAAUAUGAGCCUUAUCAAGCUGAGGAGAUUGAUGCCUUGUUGAAGGAGCAAAAUGUUGGUGCUGCUGCUACCACCACUGAGGCAGCAGCUCAAUAA